AUGUGGACCACUCUCGAUAUUGGUAUUAAGUUUGAUAAACCAACAAAUAUCCGCUCCCAGCUGUCUUCCAUUUUCAAGGGAACUGAUCGACGAGAAUCGAUUGCUCGACCGUCGCACAUGAGAUCACCGCUGUCCAGUUUUUCUUCCUUGCAGGAUAUAGCGGAUGGGCCUAGCCCCCAGGACGAGCAUCAAACGCAGGGCGCUCUCUCUGAGGAUAGCCAAUCGUCUCUCAACCACGAUGCUCGCUUCGCAGCAUUAAAAUCCUUCUAUCGGAGUCAGCUUGCAGAGACUACUUCGUCACCUGACCCAUUAAUUGGACCAGAACUUGGCUCGUACUCUUCACCGAGUGCACUCAGUCGUAUAAUGUCACUAUAUGCCUCAGGCCUGGGUGGAUUGCAUGGCAGUGGCGCCAAAAAGGCCAAAUCUAGGCCACCUGUCAUGCGUGAAGCCCUGACGCAAUCCGAAGGAUUACAUAUCCCACCUGCAGGAGCAGAAAGCGCUACAGUCCAAAAGAUGGCCACGGAAGGUUGGGACGGGCUUGCCUCAAUGGAGCAACGAUUAUUCCAGCUACCAGGCACGCGGUUUGUGGAUGAUCUAUGCCCUCUCCCCGCCUUUCUCCGCACAAAGAGGUCGAAACGCUGCAAAGCCUGCAAGCACAUACUCGUUAAACCUGAGUUUAAACCUCAAUCUACACGUUUCCGCAUCCGUCUCAUCGCAAUCAGUUACAUACCCCUAACUAACCUACGACCCAUCGUCCCGUUGCCGCCAACACCACCCGUCAACCUCGACGCUCUUGAGCCACUCAAACCAGUUCAGUUACUCCUUACCCUGAAAAAUCACAUGUUCGACCCAAUCCGUGUUACUCUCGCCACGCCAUCGGUGACCCCCGGCCGUGUAGCUUCGAGGGUCACUAUUCUAUGCCCGGAAUUCGAAGUAGGCGCGAACACCGACGUGUGGGACGAAGCGCUCCAAUCUAGUAGCGCCCCAGAUCCACGCUCAUCUAGAUCGGGUGUGGAAAAAGUUGCGGAAGCGGGAAAAGUCUGGGAUAAGGGCCGCAACUGGUCUACAGUGGCUAUGGAAGUGGUCCCGGGAUCACUGGCUGACCUGGGUGAAAGUGGACUAACUGAGGAUGAAGAUAUUCUUGAGAUACCUAUCUUUGUGAGACUUGAAUGGGAAGCAGAGGGGGUCAAUGAAGGUUUGAACCUGCCUUCAAAGCCAGGUAGUAAGAAAACCGAUGUGGAGAUGGUAAAGCGGGAGCUAGCAUAUUGGAUGGUGCUGGGAGUCGGGAGAAUCGUCGCUAGCGGUGCGGGUGAAAGGUAG